AUGGCCGGCAACUCAACUGCCGGUGGCUACGGGGCCAACAGCAUGCUGAACGAUACAUCCCAUGGAGUGCAUGACAACAGCAGUGCCAUGGCCGGCAACUCAACUGCCGGUGGCUACGGGGCCAACAGUAUGCUGAACGAUACAUCCCACGGAGUGCAUGACAACAGCAGCGCCAUGGCCGGCAACUCAACUGCCGGUGGCUACGGGGCCAACAGCAUGCUGGACAACGCUCCAUCGGGGACGCAGAGGAACAGUAACACAACGGCAGUCAAUUCGACUGGCGGCUAUGGCAUGAACAGCAUGCUGGACAACGCUCCAUCGGGGACGCAGAGGAACAGUAACACAACGGCAGUCAACUCGACUGGCGGCUAUGGCAUGAACAGUAUUCUGAAAGAUGGUCCGUCUGGAAUUCAGAGGAACAGUAACACAACGGCAGUCAACUCAACUGGCGGCUACGGACUUAACAGCAUGCUGGACGAUUUAUUCUCUUAG